UGCAACGUUGUUUGGCAGCCAUAAUCAUGAGGAAACAUAUGACGACAAAGAUAGAGAUCACAUAGAUAUAGAUCAGAUGUCAAGGGACGAUGGCAGCCAAUACAGCCUCACCGGCAUUCCUCUUCCUUCUCUCGGUGCCACCGCCGCCACCAGCUGCCGGAGAGCCCAUCUCCGAACUUUCAUUAUCUCCCCUUAUUACUCUCGUUAUAGACUGUGGGAUACGUUUCUGGUGUUUUUAGUAUUCUACACUGCAUGGGUGUGCCCGUUUGAAUUCGGGUUUCUUAAUGAACCAACGGUUGCUCUUUCCAUUACUGACAAUGUUGUGAAUGCUUUUUUUGCCAUUGACAUUGUUCUUACAUUCUUUGUUGCCUACCUCGACAAGGCUUCUUAUCUUCUUGUGGACGAACCAAAGCUCAUUGCUUUUAGAUAUGCAAAAACAUGGCUUGCCUUUGAUGUCAUCUCUACCAUCCCUUCUGAACUUGCCCGCAAAAUUUUGCCCCGUCCUCUUAAGACUUACGGUUACUUCAAUAUGCUUCGCCUUUGGCGUCUCCGCAGAGUCAGUGCCAUGUUUGCAAGAUUAGAAAAAGACAGAAAUUUUAACUACUUCUGGGUGCGCUGUUCAAAGCUUAUAUGUGUUACUCUAUUUUCAGUGCAUUUUGCUGCCUGCUUUUACUAUUUUCUCGCUGAAAGUCAUAACCAGAAAGCUUCAUGGCUUGGGCUUAUUGCUGAUGGUGUUAAGGAAGAUAUCGCGGGUCGCUAUGUAACAUCGGUAUACUGGUCCAUAGUGACUCUUUCAACAGUUGGUUAUGGUGAUCUGCAUCCUGUAAAUACAAGGGAGAUGAUUUUUGACACAUUCUAUAUGCUCUUUAAUCUGGGACUAACCUCUUAUCUCAUUGGAAACAUGACAAACUUAGUUGUUCAUGGGACAAGCAGAACUAGGAAAUAUAGAGACACGGUACAAUCUGCCACAGGUUUUGCCCAACGGAAUCAAUUACCUAUCCGCUUGCAAGAACAGAUGCUUGCUCAUUUGUUUAUGAAGUACAGAACUGAUUUAGAAGGACUGCAGCAACAAGAGAUCAUUGAAUCCCUUCCAAAAGCUAUUCGAUCUAGCAUCUCACACUACCUAUUCUAUUCACUUGUGGACAAAGUAUACUUGUUUCAUGGAGUGUCAAAUGACCUUCUUUUUCAAUUGGUCACGGAGAUGAAGGCUGAGUAUUUUCCUCCAAAGGAAGAUGUGGUUUUGCAGAAUGAAGCGCCAACCGACUUUUAUAUCUUUGUCACUGGUGCUGCAGAACUUAUCAUACGAAAGAAUGGAAUAGAACAGGUCGUUGGUGAGGCACAGUCAGGAGAUGUAGUUGGAGAAAUAGGAGUUCUAUGUUACAGACCACAGAUUUUUACAGUUCGAACCAAACGAUUGAGCCAAAUUCUGCGCUUGAACCGUACUACAUUUAUAAAUCUUGCUCAUUCAAAUGUUGGAGAUGGGACAAUAGUCAUGAACAACUUUCUCCAGCAUUUGCAAGAAUCAAAGGCGCCAGGGAUGGAUGUUAUUUUGAAAGAAACAGAGGCCAUGCUGGCUCGGGGUAGAAUGGAUUUGCCCAUCAGCACAUGCUUUGCAGCAAACAGAAAUGAUGAUCUAUUGUUAAAUCGGUUGCUGAAGAAGGGUUCAGAUCCAAAUGAAGUAGAUAAGAACGGAAGGACAGCACUGCAUAUUGCAGCUUCUAAAGGCAAUGAGCACUGUGUAACUUUGCUUCUAGAAUAUGGUGCUGAUCCCAAUAGCAAAGAUUUGGAUGGAAGCGUUCCACUAUGGGAAGCAAUGCUGGGUAAGCAUGAAUCUGCCAUGAAACUUCUCAUAGACAAUGGUGCAGAAAUAUCUUCUGCCGAUGCAGGCCAUCUAGCAUGCACUGCUGUUGAGCAAAAUAACAUGGAACUGCUCAAGGAAAUUGUUCAAUAUGGUUUGGACGUGACACAAUCCAAAAGGAAUGGUUCCACUGCUCUGCAUGCUGCAGUAUGUGAAGGAAAUACUGAGCUGGUGAAGUUCUUUCUAGACCAAGGAGCAGAGAUUGAUAAGCAAGAUGCUAAUGGCUGGACUCCAAGGGCUUUGGCAGAACAUCAAGGCCAUGAAGAAAUUAAAAAUAUAUUCCAGAACAUUGGAGAGAGUAGAAGACCACCUGUUUUUCCAACAUCAAAGAAUGAGUGUGUGUCAUGCAUUGGGAGGUUUCAAAGUGAACCCACUAUGCGUGCUCUUUCCCAAGAAAGCAUGCCACUGCCACCUCAACAAGAUUUAACUUGGCUAGAUAAUCAUCGAAGGAGAAGGGCCAACACUUUUCAUAACUCCAUUUUUGGAAUGAUCUCAGCUGCCAAUCGUGGUAAGUUUAUGCUUUUAUCCAGGGCAUCUCAAAGCAAUAACACUAGUACAGGGAACGUGAGUGGAUCAAUAGCAAGAGUGACACUUAGUUGUCCUGAAAAAGGUGAACAUGCUACAAAGCUUGUUUUGCUGCCUAAGUCCCUCGAAGAACUACUAGAUAUUGGUGCCAAAAAGUUUGAUUUCUCUCCCACCAAAAUUUUGACCAAAGAAGGAGCUGAAGUUGAUGAUAUAAGGCUUAUAAGAGAUGGUGAUCAUCUUAUUAUUACACGGGACUGA